CACAAUGCUCUCAGAUGGGCUCUUACACACACCCGAUUCGGGAUCGUCUUGGUUGUUCUCCUAGACGACAGGAUCGUAUUAAAGUGGUUUUAGGGUUGGCGACGACUUGGACUUCUUCUUUGACCUGCUAUUUGCCUUGCAAAGUCGUGUCAUCUCGCAAAUAAGAGACGCGCUUCAUGGGUUCUUGAUCUUACCUCUGAAAGAACGAGUCCUAUCCGCCGCGGCACUGCAACCAUGUCGCGCGAGCUCACUCUUGGUUGUCUCAAGGCUCGCAGUCUUCUGCAUGGAAGAUGUUUCGGCGCAGGCUUUCAUGCUUUCAGUGAUACAAAAUACUUCCAGAUCAGUUCGUUCGGUAGAGAUCUCAUGGAAGACCACACAGUCUUGAGAAGCAUGGAUCCACGCAGUCUUCUGGAGUCUAAGCUCAGUGUCACAGUGAAGUUCAGGAACAACCGAUUUCUGGCUACCAAGUGCCGCCUCGCAGCCGGAUCAAAGUAUUUUGAAAGGGCUUUCUAUGGAGAUUUUCCGGUUGCUGCGAGCCCUAUCAUUGAUCUUGGUGAUGAAGACGAUCUUGAACUGGUUCUCCUGAUGCUGCGGUACCUCAAUGGUUCCUCCUAUUCCGACCUGCGAUGUUCGGUGCCGAUGCCCCAAACUCUAGACUUGGGUAUCAGCCUGUUUGCUCUGGCGGACCAGUACGACGUUUCAACCUUGCGUGCCGACAUCGUAGAUUGGUUCUCCAUGGACGUGUGCAACCUGAUGUGCUUUAGAGUCGUCCCUUGCGCUUUCCAACGACUACUUGGUCCUUCUGCUCUGUUCCUUGCCGACACAUCGCUACAAGAUACUGCUUUCGAGUUAUGCCUUGAGAACAUUGAGACUCUACUGGAAAACCAGACCUUUCAUGAUUUACUCCUGGAUGGCACAUUACUGCACUCAACAUUCGCAGGGCCACUUCUCGCUGAAGUCGGAGGUCGGCUUCAACAGUUCAAGACUGGACAGCGUGGUCCUAGUAAAGACUUGGAUUUGUCGCAGGUUUUUGCUUCCGAAGACAACUCACUGGCUAGCACAUGA